AUGGGAAUACACAAUUUAUUGCCCUUCGUAAAGAAUGCAUGUCGUCAGGGAAAUAUCAGUGAAUUUGCGCAUCAGUCAAUUGCUGUAGAUGUUAGUUGUCUGUUACAUCGAGGAUUGAUAGGCUGCGCUGAUAAAGUUGCUCAAGGAUGUGAAACCGAUUUUUACAUACACUAUGUAUCGAAAUACGUGAAGGCUUUACUCACAAUUGGUUGUCACGUUAUUCUUGUUUUUGAUGGACAAAUGCUGCCUGCUAAAAAAGAAACUAAUAGUUCACGACGCGAAAAACGUGAUUUUCAUAAGCAAAGGGGUGAUUUAUUGAUGAGCGAAGGUAGAGCCAGUGAAGCUUACGAUUGUUUCAAACGUAGUGCUUCAUUAACACCCAAAGUGAUUGAAAACACUAUUCAGGCAUUUCGACGUCUGAAUAUGGUUGAUGUUAUCGUAGCUCCUUAUGAGUCAGAUGCGCAACUGAUGUUUCUAACCAAAACAAAAAUGGCGCAAGCAGUAGUUACUGAAGAUUCUGAUCUCAUUGCUUUCGGUUGCGAAAAAAUAAUUUUCAAAAUGGACCCUACUGGAUCUUGUGUUAUUUUUGAUCAAAACUUAUUGCCGAAAUGCCUGUGUAGAGCACUUGCAGAAAAUUUUGAUUUUGACAAGUUUCGGAGAAUUUGCAUUCUUUCCGGAUGUGACUACUUACAAGCAGGUCUUCCUGGAGUGGGCUUAAAUAAAGCAGCAGCUUUUUUCGCAAAAACUAGUGAUAAAAAUUUAAAUCAGGUACUACCUCGACUUCCACGAUACCUCAACAAGAAUUCCUUAAAAGUGAGCAAACAGUUUAUUAGCGACUUCAUUCGUGCCGAAAAUACAUUUCUUUAUCAAAUUAUUUUCGAUCCGGUUGAGAAACGACAGCGCCCAUUAAAUGAAUAUCCGCUGCAUCAGCAAAGCGGUAAGGAUGAUAAUGAAUUUAAUUCGAGUAGCCAAGGAAGUGAUGAUCAUUUUUCUUAUGCGGGAAGUAUUCAACCACCAGAAAUUGCUAUGAGUUUGGCCUUAGGAAAUAUCCCUGGUAGUUCUCAAACUGAACAAAUAAUCCUACCUGAAAAUGUGCCCGAUUGGUCAAUUUGGAGCCCCAACUAUAAAAAUGCAGAAAUGCGACAAAAGGAAAAAUGUAAUGAAGAAACCAGAAAAAAAUCAUCAUGUGGUAUACUCACGGUAACUGUUGCAAGUCUGCGAGUUCAAAAUUUUCUGUUAAUUGGUGGUAGUAGUAAAGCAGAGCGGAAUAUGUGUGACAAAAAUUUUGAGAAAGCUAUUUUAGUUUCAGAAGAAGAGUGGAUUGAGUCUUCCCGACCACCACCGCUGCGUAUUUCUAAUUCCUUGCCGACAAUAGAUUCCAAAAUAUUGACAAGUAGUUCAACCAGCGACAACGACGACUUUGUUUCAUCUGAAAGAACGAGGGAUUUACAUAAAAAAUUAUUAGUAGAAACUUCAAAAACCAAUCAAAUUUUAACAAAAAUCGGUUAUAAAUUGUCGCCUGUUCAUUCUAUUGGUGUUACAAGAAGUGGGAACGGCGCCCGUCGAAACUGGAACUGUGAUCAUCUCCUAAAAGAAUUUACUACUGCAACAAACAUGCUACAAAAAAAUUCUGCAAACUCUUAUCACGAAAUACCUGUUAAAAAAUCGCGCAAGGCUGCUGAAGACGACCAUAUUAAUCAAAGCAACCAUGUUGAUGACCAUAUCAUACCCGUCACGUCAUCUGAAGCGUCACGCAGCAGUAUAUCCUGUAGCAAAUAUUUUUUAAAUAAAGGCUCAAAAACAAGUGGUCUUUUACGACGUUCACUUUCUUCGCGCGUUGUGCCCAGCAUUUCUCAAACAGAAUUAUCUCAGACAGAUAGCGAUGGGUCUCAAGAUAUUUUGGAAAAAGCAAAUUCAGAUAUGCCAGACGAAAGGUUUCAUAUAGAUAGGCAGGAAGAACGCGUUCUAAGUCCAACAUUUUUUGAGUGGAAAAGUGAAGGUUUCAAAAUAUGCAAAGCAGGUCAUUCAAUAGACUGUAUAGAUUCUGAUAUGUAUUGCUUCACAUGGAUAGCUGAAAAUAGUACAAAAUGCGAUCUGAUUAAUGAGUUUCCAAAUAGUCAUUGCAAAAAGAGCUGUCAACUUUGUAACUCAGAUUUAACCCCAAAAGAGUAUGAUUUGAAGAAAAUUCCGGUAACUCUUAAAAGUAUAGCAUUUCUGAUCGGUAAAUGGCGUUCUGAAUUUGGUGGUAAAGCAGUUUUUCCAACAAUUCCAACAUUUACCUAUGGCGAAGAGAUUGAUUUUAAAUUAAUUACCAAAGGCGAUCGCGUGCUCGAUGUGCUUAACUAUACAGCGAGAGCGUGGGAUAACUGGGAUGGGAAGGAAAUGCAUGCGGAAUACGGUUUUUUAUCGGUUGUCAAUAACAAUGGUACCGAUCUCAUUUCACUAAAUACGGUUAUGAGCAACGGUUUUAUCAUAAUAGAGGAAGGCGAAGAACAUGACCUUUCGAUUGAAUUGCGUAUGCGACGAAUUGGAAGAAUUACUUUCAGUCACGAUCUCCCAGUCCUCAGGAUGUCAAGAAUUUGGACAUUGCUGGACGCUACACAUUUAGAAGCUCGUCUAUCGAUCAGUACUGUAAACCAUCGUGAGAUAAUGGAACAUACAAGUAUUAUCUAUGAUAGGAUAUAUCCGUAA